UUUUUGUUGUUGUAAAGUGUGUGAGCAUGAAGGCUUCAUCCUGCGCAUUUGAGCAGUGAUACGGGAGGUGGGGAGGGCCCUCGGGGCGAGCACACCCCUACCGCCUGUGUCAGAGUAUUUCAGAACAGAGGCCAGCAUUUAGUCAUUCUGCAUGAAAGCUGCACACACACUCGUCUGCUCAAGUCCACUCUAACUUGUGGACUAUAGGAGGACUUUUUUUCUGUUUCCUGCGGAUCCGGGGACCACGAUUUGAUUUCCUUUCGUCAUUCCUGUAGAAACUGUGCGUCGUGACCACAGGAUACUUUUACGCACAAUUAUUUAACACUCACAAGGACAAUGCCUCGAUCUUUCUUGGUCAAAAAGUACUUCGCUAAACAAAAGCCAAACUACAGUGAACUGGAAUGUCAGAAUGACACUUCACUGGAGAGGUAUCCUCUUGCUGAGCUCUCAUCAGGGGACAACACCUCCACUGCCACCUGCUUCACAACAGGUCUGGUGUGGGACUUGAGUGUCCUGCCCACCCUCUACCUGCCCACCUCCCAAACAGAGCCCUCUGCCACCCCGGGCCCCCUGGACCUCAGCUCCCCAUCCAGCCUCAGCAGCAGCGCCAGCAGUUGUGGAGAGGAGGAUGAAGGGCGCACCUCAGACCCCCCCAGCCCCGAACCCGUACACACAUAUGCCCCUCGCCAGCGGAUGAAAUGCACCGGCGUUAUUCCUCAUAUCAGUCCCCCUGAGGAGGAGGAGGAGAGAGAGGUCCCUGUCACAGCCGCCAGGCCAGCCUUCCUCUGCAAACACUGCCCCAAAGAGUACACCAGCCUCGGGGCUCUGAAAAUGCACAUCCGCUCACACACCCUGCCCUGUGUGUGUACCACCUGUGGAAAGGCUUUCUCCAGGCCAUGGCUGCUGCGCGGCCACAUCCGCACACACACAGGUGAGCGCCCGUUCUCCUGCCCCCACUGCAACCGGGCCUUCGCCGACCGCUCCAACCUGCGGGCUCAUCUGCAGACCCACGCAGAGGUGAAGAAGUACCAGUGUGGCAUCUGCUCUCGCACCUUCAGCCGCAUGUCGCUACUGCAGAAACACAGCUCCUCAGGGUGCUGCUCCACCACGGUGUGAGACACCACAAAGAGAGACAGAGGGGACCCACUCAGAGCUCAGGGCAGUGGAGGGCUAGUGGCCACGGAGAGGGGGUCUGCACAAGCCCAGCUGGCCUGUUGACGACCUGUAAGGCCACAAAGAGCAUGAAAUGGCCUGCUUUAAGAGACCUGGAGGGAAUCAAGCCUCAUUAUUGGAUCUGACUUUUCAAGCCUUUUAGCUUCUCUGCUUUGUGAAAAAACAUCUGAGGAGCAGAUUUUUUUUUUUUUAUUCCAAUCUAGAUUGAGGUCUUGAGGCUGGACCAAAUCUGACCAGCGCAAUGCCGACAGUCAUUUGAUAUCAGCCCCUUUGUUGCUAUUGUGCCCAUUCCAAAGACCAAAUAUGUAGUGAACUCAUUGGGGUAAGAGGUGCUCUUUCCUGUCUCUGUCCUGGUGCCGGCCAGCUCAGGAUCAUGGCCUAGACACAGCUGCUGAGAGGUAGGGGUGCGUGGGUGGAAUAAAUCUCUCAGCGUGCCUCACAACACACACACACACACACACACAAAAGCAAAUGCACACACAGCUGUCCCUGGUACUGUGGUGUAGAUAGACGAGGUGCUAACAGGUGCUACAGCCAUGACCUUCGCUGGUUGAUAGCAGGUGACUUCCACUGCCCUUGGUUUGCUUAAGAAAAAAGAGGAAGCAUGUCAUCACAAAAGAAUGGCAUCAGUUAGUCUUUUUUUCACCAGUGGGGAUCAUUUUAAGUCUCUAUUUUGACUACAUCCAAACCUCCUCUUUAAUCUGAUGAUUUACAGAGAUAGGAAAAGCCGUUCUGUCUGUUAUGUUCCAAAGAAGCUUCACUUUGCAGCACCCCUGCAACGUUGAUGACAAUACAAGCCAUGUAUUCAAGGUUACCACAGUGUUAAUAAUAACAGCCAAAGCCAUAUUUUGUAACUUAAAUGAAUUUGUGCCUUGAAAUUGUAUUACUUUUGAAACCAAAAAAUGUGCCUCUUUUACCUCAGUUAGUAUUUGUGGAUUUAAAAUAACCAUUGAUUGCAGUAUUAGUAGAAAUCAUCGCCAAACAGUUUGAAAGGCAAGAAGGCUGGGACCAAAGAUUUUUAAGGUUUACGCCAUGGAGACAUGGUUGUGAAUAUGUGAUCAGAACCCUGUAAAUGGACAGUACAAGGAUGAAUUUUUAAUUUUCCUAAACAUUUUAUGGCAGUGUUUUAUAGUGCAAUGUGCAGAUGACGUGUUAUUUCAAUUUUGUACCAUGCUUGUGUGUUCACUUCUAUUUCUUGUAUGUUGUAACUGAUACAUUUUCAUUCAAUAAAGUAAUUUAUGUUUAUUAAAA